UAGGGGAAGGCGGUGGCGGGACGACAGCUGUAGCAGAAGCGCCAGAGGGCAAGCGGCAGAAGAGCCCCGACGGCAAGUGUCCCAGCUUCUGGGAGAGAAGAGAGCUGCGCUUAAGAAGAGGUGGAAGAAGAAGGGUUAAAGCAUCUUUCAGAGAAAGAGAGACCCAUAUUCUCUGCCAGACAGCCUGGGAGCAGAGUGCACAGAGAGAAAGUACGAAAGAGGUUAAUUAACGAACAUUCAGGAACAGGAACCCAUCUACCACCUCCUCACUCCAAAUACCAACGGUUCCUCAGCACUUUAUCCCAGCGUUUCUCUCCUUUGCUGCUGUGUUCGCACAUUUAAUAGCUCUUUGGAUCAGAAGGCUGCGAUUGAGCCCAGGACAGAACCUGGCAUUCACUGGGCAUUUCGCAACGGAGGGAGAACGGCUCUUUAUCAUGGCUGAUGACGAAAGUGCCAAAAGCACCCGCAUCUGUACCGGUAGCGGUAGCGACUGGUGCGGCUGCAGCUGCAACAGCAGCAGCUUCGGUGGGAAUAACUGCUGUGUUAGCUGCUGUGAGAACCCCACCAUGCACUGUAACGUCCUGAGCUGGGAGCAAGUGCAGCGGCUCGACGAUAUCUUGAGCGAGAUGAUUCCCAUCCACGGCCGGGGCAACUUUCCCACCCUGGAGAUGCAGCCCCGUCAAAUCGUGAAGGUUGUGAGGAGCCGGCUGGAGGAGAAGCGCAUUGGAGUCCGGGACGUGCGGCUCAAUGGCUCCGCCGCCAGCCACGUCCUGCACCAGGACAGCGGCCUGGGCUAUAAGGACCUGGACCUCAUCUUCUGCGCAGAUCUCCAGGGAGAAGAGGAGUUUCAGACUGUCAAGGACGUGGUCCUGGACUGCCUUUUGGAUUUCUUGCCUGAAGGAGUGAAUAAAGAGAAGAUUACACCGCUGACUCUUAAGGAAGCUUAUGUGCAGAAAAUGGUAAAAGUAUGCAAUGACUCAGACCGCUGGAGUCUCAUCUCCCUGUCAAACAACAGCGGCAAAAAUGUGGAACUGAAAUUUGUGGAUUCCCUGCGACGUCAGUUUGAGUUUAGUGUAGACUCUUUUCAAAUCAAGUUAGACUCUCUCCUGCUUUUUUAUGAAUGCUCAGAAAACCCAAUGACUGAAACUUUUCACCCCACUAUAAUUGGGGAGAGUGUCUAUGGAGAUUUCCAAGAAGCCUUUGAUCACCUUUGCAACAAGGUCAUUGCCACCAGAAAUCCAGAAGAAAUCAGAGGAGGAGGGCUUCUUAAAUACUGCAACCUUUUGGUUAGGGGUUUUAGGGCUGCUUCAGAGGCUGAAAUUAAGUCCCUCCAGAGGUAUAUGUGUUCCAGAUUUUUCAUCGACUUCUCAGACAUUGGUGAACAGCAGAGAAAGUUGGAAUCCUACUUGCAGAACCACUUUGUGGGUUUGGAAGACCGCAAGUAUGACUAUCUCAUGACCCUUCACGGUGUGGUGAAUGAAAGUACGGUGUGUUUGAUGGGACAUGAAAGAAGACAGACUUUGAAUCUCAUUACCAUGCUGGCUAUCCGUGUGCUGGCUGAGCAAAAUAUUAUCCCCAAUGUGGCCAAUGUCACCUGUUACUACCAGCCAGCCCCAUAUGUAGCAGAUGCCAACUUUAGCAAUUACUAUAUUGCCCAGGUUCAGCCAGUGUUCACAUGCCAGCAGCAUACAUACUCUACUUGGUUGCCCUGCAAUUAAGGACCAUUUCUAAAAUGUCCAAUGGGAUUUUUUUUUUCUUUAGAAGUUUAAAAAAAAAAAAAGAGUGACCUUGUCUGCAGAAUGGGGUGUGUUUUGUGCAAUGAUGGUCUGCUCCAGUGUUCAAGCUUGACAAAGCUUGUGGGUCUUUUAAUAGGUGUGGGAGCAUGAUCUAGAAAUGAACCAAAAAAAAAAGAAAAGAAAAAAAAAAGAAAAAAAUUGGAUUCUACCCCUGGAGCACAAGAGGCCUGUCAUUAAAAGCAACCAGCUUCUCCUGAAAUAACAAGGGAAGGAGUGCUUGAUGACAAUAUGGGUUUGCAAUACCUGCCCAUAGCUCUGGCUUAGACAAAGUUGGAAAGCUUUUUUUUUAUAGAAUGGAAUUUGAAAAUGGGAGAAUGUGAAGAAAAAUAGUCUCACCCAAUUUACUACUACAUAUUUUGGAGUUUAGUUAAAAAUGUAGAGGCAUAAUGCAGAGGAAAAAAACUGAUCUCAAAGAUAUUGGAAUGGCUCCCUUUGGGGCUUGCAAACAGAUGCUCUCUGUGGAAUAAUCCCAUAGAAGGUAUUGCUUGCUUAACUAGAAUGCUCUUAAGUGAACAGCUUGCUCCAAAAGAACAGUAGUAGAUUGGUGUAGUUAUCAUGAAAAACAGCAGACCUAAUGAUGACAUAAUCCAUUAUUUCCAGCUGAGUGCAUAGUUCAUGUUUUAAAAAUGUGAAAAUGCAAACAAAAACAGCUGGAGCAAAGAACGUAUGCUCAAGGACCAAAGAUUUCACAGACAAAAUACCCAAGUAGAGAGGGGGUAGUAUAUUAUUGAAAAAAAGAUAUAUUAUAUUUGUACACACCAAUAUGAAUCAAAGUGCCUGUUGCCUUCAGAAAAUUUGAAGUAAAAUGACAACAACAAAUUUUGUGGUUUAACCAUGUAUUUUGUUUUAUCAGGGACACAAGAAAAAAACGUAACCCAACAUAAGCUUGUGAAUAAAUGGUGGAGGAAAUGCCCUAUUUUUCUUGGCAAAUACUUGUAUAAAGUUAAUGUUAU